AUGCCUCCGCUUCAUCCGUUCAGGCGCGCGGCAGGAGGCCGUCAGUGCCCUCUGCCUGAUCGACGACUUCCCAACCUAUUCAGUCGCCCGACCGAUCCGUCCGCCUGUUGGAAACCUACAGAAUUCCCUGUCGUCACAUGUGGCCCUCACCACCGGACGAAGGUCUGGUCGCUGAAGCUUCUUGCGACCUGUGUUUUUCCGAACUCGAAGCUCGGGUUUCCUCCUGAUAUUCCCCACAGAAGCGACCGAUACUUCGCAGGGCAGGGAGUGCCACGGAGGGCGCCGGGUGGCCGCCCGAGAAGACGUACGGCAUCGGUGUCUAUGACCCAUAUGGCCCUGUCCUUCGCCGGUGAUUUUGCGUAUCACUUCCUGCCUUGCGCACUCAAUAAGUUGCCACUUCGUCAUCCAAUCUGUCCUCGAGACCUUAUUACCCCGACUCGGCACUCAGAUCAGCGUCCACGAUCUUGGCGCUGCUCAGUCGGAGUUAAGCUCGAGCAUAUACCUCUCGAGCUCGAGCUCGAGUCUGAGUCCGAGUCCGAGUCCGAGUCCGACCUCGACCUCGACCUCAGUCAGGCCAUAUCGCAAACUCACCACGCCACACUUCUAGUGUUGUGCCUGGAGAAGCUGCGCCCGAUAGGUCCACACGGCUCUUGACAAUCGCGGUUAUUUGACAGCCCCCUGGGGCAGUAGAGGCUGCCGGAAUCGAGAGGUGAGGAAAAUCAUCGUAGCAGACCGCAUGCAGCAAUGUUCUCGCUGCAAUCUCUAUCGACCUACUGCCGCCGCUAUGCUCCAUCGAAACACCAUGCGCUGUAGUGUGUGCUCGAGGGACGACAGAGGUAGUGCGAUGUCGUACAUAUGGUCAUGCGUGUGUCAGUGCCCCGUUGGAACAGUCGAGGUGCUGUAGAUCCUGUCUGCUAGCGUGCUGAUUAGGACCCUCGUCCUCGCCGACGAACGCGCUAGUCCAUACUCAUCCUCGAGCACAUUCGAGUGUCGACACGGUCCUCGUCUGGUUCGCCGGUGCCGGUAGGAUUUCUUCCCAUUCUUGUCACUAGGCGGGCUUCGCAAUACAUAUCGUGGCGUAUGGCGUGCG